GUGUUCAGGUUACCUGGAUCAGGGUCUGCUGGUGAAGGACCAGGAGAAACUGCGUCAGCGUUACUUCCAGAGUUUCCAGUUCAAAUUGGACCUGGUCUCCAUGGUUCCGACGGAUGUUCUGUACCUGGUUCUGGGUCUGACCUACCCUGAGAUCCGGAUCAACAAGCUCCUCAGGUGUAACAGGUACAGAGAGAGAAACCAGGACAGGUGAAGGUCUGAGAUGGUUUGGACAGUCGGUUUAACGGGCUGGUUCUGUCUUGAUGGACCCAGUAAAGGUCCAGUUUUCAGUCUGUGGCAGGCUCAGGUAGUCCUCCUCUUCAGGGUCUGACAGAGACCAUCUCUGUGUUCCAGGAUGUUGGAGUUCUUCCAGAGGACGGAGACCAGGACCAACUACCCGAACGCCCUGCGGAUCUCCAACCUGGUCAUGUACAUCGUCAUCAUCAUCCACUGGAACGCCUGUCUCUACUUCUCCUUCUCUAAGACCAUCGGUGAGGUCGCUGGUUCCAGUCCUGCUGGUCUUCUUGUCCUCUUAGGUCUCCAUCAGACCUUCUAAUCCUGGUCUGGUCUCUCUAGGUUUUGGUGCGGACAGGUUUGUGUAUCCGGACCCCUCUGAUCCGGAGUUUGGGCGUCUGGUCAGGAAGUACGCCUACAGCAUGUACUGGUCGACGCUGACGCUCACCACCAUCGGGGAAACUCCGCCCCCUGUGGAGAACUCUGAGUACUUCUUCGUGGUGGCGGACUUCCUGGUGAGUUUGAGGACCUGCAGGACGGCGAUUGAGGGUCUAGAUUUAUUCUGACGGGUUCAUCAGCAGCCAAUCAAAAACCGUCUCCAGAUCUGACCCAGUGAAGCUUUCAGGUAAAGUUUGGACCUGAUCCCAUCAGAAUCAGGUUCUGGUGUCCUUGUCCAAGAACUUUCUCAGAGUCCAGGUCCACCAGAAACCGUCCUGACGGUCCACCAACAGAACCUCAGAGAUCCCUGAUGAUCAGCUCGGGUUCUGGUUCUGGUUCUGAUUCCUCCACUUCUUCUCCUCGUCCUGCAGGUUGGCGUUCUGAUCUUCGCCACCAUCGUCGGAAACGUCGGUUCAAUGAUCACCAACAUGAACGCCGCCAGAGCCGACUUCCAGGCUCGCAUCGACGCCAUCAAACAGUACAUGAGCUUCAGGAAGGUCAGUGACCCGGGGGUCCGGGCGAGGUCCGGUCCGGUCAGUAAACACAACAAGUAAUCAUACCCCCCCCCUCAGGUAACCAAGGACCUGGAGAAGCGAGUGAUCAAGUGGUUCGACUUCCUGUGGACCAAUAAGAAGGCGGUGGAUGAGAGGGAGGUCCUUAAGUUCUUACCUGACAAGCUGAGAGCCGAGAUCGCCAUCAACGUCCACCUGGACACCCUGAAAAAGGUCCGAGUCACACCUGGUCUUUACUGAUUUAUGAGUCCUGAAUCUGGUCUGGUUAGACCCUCUUAGAGGUCUGCUGAACCGUCUACUCACAGGACGAGGUCUGACUAAGAUCCGCUUCGGUCUAAAGUCUGACCCAGGACACAAACACCUCAAAGCUUUCUCUCCUGACCCAGAUCGGACUGUGUUCUGAGUCUGCUCUCUAAACGAUGAAAACCAGAUACCAAGUCCAGUUCGUGACCCUCUUUGGUAACCAUGGUCCCAGAAGAGUCUGUAGAUCUGGUCCACAUGAGUCCAGAUCUAUCUGCAGUCCAGAGUCGUUUCAGUCAACUCAGCUGAUCAGAUGUUCAACAAACUUGACAUCCUGUUCCAGACUGAAGGUGAACAGCAGUGGACCCAGACCUGGUCCUGCUGGUCCCCUGUCAUGAGUGGACUUGUAGAACCUCCUGUCUCCUUAAAGUCAUCUAUCUUAAAGGACUCGGACCCAUGUGGUCCCUGUCUAGACUCAAGAUCUCAUGGCAACACGAACUCACAGCUGUUCGGUUUCUCUCCGUCUGGUCCUGCAGGUUCGGAUCUUUGCGGACUGCGAGGCGGGCCUGCUGGUGGAGCUGGUCCUGAAGCUGCAGCCUCAGGUCUACAGUCCAGGUGACUACAUCUGUAAGAAAGGCGACAUCGGCAGAGAGAUGUACAUCAUCAAGGAGGGGAAGCUCGCCGUGGUCGCCGACGACGGGAUCAAACAGUUUGUCGUCCUGAGUGACGGGAGCUACUUUGGCGAGAUCAGCAUCCUGGCGAUCAAAGGUAAACCGAGUCCCUGUGGGGCUGGAGGUCUGACCCCCGACCUCCACCUUCAUCCUGAUCGUCUCCUAAAAGGUCGUAUCCUCCGAUCGUAGCUGAUCGUAACCAUUCAAGUUAACGUGUCGAUUUACACCGACUUCUUUCAAAACGGGCGGAGACGAACAAGUGAAAGGUUUUUAGACGUCAUUUCACCCCGAUGACACCAUGGAUGAGGAGAUGCUGAUUCUAGAAGUCUAGAAGUAGAUUUCCUCCUCUGGAAGGACACAAUCUACUGCUUACAUGUCUAUGUGUCUGUCUUUAGAGAGACGACUCGUUAUCGUGAGAUUGACCGUGAAUCUGAAGGUUAUUGUGAGUUCUCGUGAUUCCCACUGUC